AUGGAAACAACCAUUUCUACCGCUCAGGACAUCAGGAUGUCAAGGCGAGAUCGUGAAGAUCGAGAACAGCGUAAUGAAAGAUUCAAUAGGGAAAGAGACGAACGACCUCAAACGCAAACUGUUAAUAGGGGUUCACUUUUUUCAAGACCUAGGCAAAGAUCUCCGAUUGACUAUGACGAUAUGGAUAGGAUACCUCAAGGCGGCGCUACUUCAUCGUUUGGCGAACGCAGAAAUAUAACCACAGGAAUGUUGCGAAGUAAUAUGCCUGAUAUAGGUCCAUCGGAAAUUUGCUUUCCACCAUUAAUGAAUGAUCGAGAGACACGGACAAAGUAUGACGAUCGUUUUAUGAUGCCUAAUAGAGAUACUCGAUUUCGUCAAGCAGGUAGUUCACCAACAAUGCCUACAACAGCCCACAGAGAGUACUUUUCACCUGGUCCUGGCAAUCAAUAUGGUUUUCGUGACAUUUAUAGAUAUCCAGAUGAGAGGGAUGCAUGGGCUAAUGGAAGAAAGAACCAACACGAUCCAUUUGAUUAUCGUGAUCGAGAUUAUCAUAGAAAAAGGUAUCCAAGGGACUGGGAUUAUCGAAGAGGGCCUGGUUAUAGAGAUGAUCCACAUGAUUCAAGAUACGAAACAUCAUUGUCAAGAGGAGGGGAAUCUAAAUAUUUUAUGGCUACUAGACACAAUCAUUGGAGACAGCGAGACAGGAGAUCAUCGUCACCAUCUGCAAGAUCUUCAAUAACAAAUUUUUCACCUCCACCUUCUCAUAAUCGUAGUAGAUCUACAAAAGCAUCUACUCGGUCAUUAUCUCCACAAACUAAGUCUUCUGCUGGAAAUUCAAGAGGAUCUUCACCACGACGCUCAGAGCGUGUUUUUUCAUCAAAACGUCCCCUAAAAAUAUCAAUACAAAAACGUAUAGACAAUAGUGAGAAUGAAGAUGAAAUCAACCAAUAUAAAGAACCAGCCGAAGAACCAAUAUUACAUAAUUGUAAAAAAACGGGGACUAUGCCAUCAAUUAAUAAUGAAAAUCUUGUAAAAAUACGAACUACUGUAACUAAGAACAAUGAAUUCGAAGAAAGGCUUUUCGAUGGAAAUAAUCUUGAUGGUGCAGAUGAAAAGAUUGAUGGUUAUGACGAUUGUGAGAAAGGAGGUUGGACGGGAUGGAGAAGUAUAGAUCCUGGUCUUGUUGCUAUAAAUGAACAAAAAGAACGAGAACAGAAAAGAUUAUCAAAAGAUGAAGCUGCGGAUUAUGGACUGGCUACCGAUCAAAUUGCUGAUAUGGAUUUGAGUUCGGGAGAAAAUGAUGAACAGCUAUCACAACCUUACCUUGAAGAUAAACUUUCUGUUUGUUCUGAUGAAAAUGAACUUGAAUCAAUGGAAGAAUCUGAUGCAGUUGAUGAUUCAGCGGAAUAUCAUGUCGAGAUAUCGAAAAAGAACAAUGAAACUAUUGAUGCUUCGAUUAAUUCUAAUCAUAUUAGCAUAAAUAUUUAUAAUGGAGAAUCGCAAGAAAAAUUGACUUCUCAUGACGAAAUGAAUGGCGAAUUGGACUUUCAAUCAGAUAAUCUUAGUAGUAAAGUUGGUGGAAAAGUAAAUCAUGAUAACUUUAGUUUACCUUUAAUUCCAGAAGUUACACAAUCUCCACAAUAUAUUAUUGAAGGUUCAACUCAGUUGGAAGAUGAUAAAAUUGAUUAUAAUGCAAUAGGAGAAGAGAUAGAAAAAGUUGAGAAUGAAAUUGAUCGCUAUCAAAGCCUUCUUGAUAAAAAGAGAAGGUACAUUGAAGAAAAGAAUCUUGCACGUGCAAAUAGGAAAUCUAAAUCCAAUAAACGCGUUAAUUUUGAAUUUCAUCAAGAAGCUAUAUUAAUUCAAGUAGAACAAAUGGAAUCAACCCUCACUAAUGAACAAGCGAAUAUUAAUAAUCCCUUGACUGUCAAUAAUAAAUUAAAUAGUGUUCAAAAUGGUGAUACCAUGUUAUUGGAUUCUGCAUCUCCAGAAAAUGAUAAAGUAACAAAUGAGUAUGAAGAAGAUCAUGCCUCUAUCACUUGUCAAGAAUCCCACAUGGAGGCAUAUAAACGAAAUACGAUGUGGGAAAUUAUUUAUUCAGAAAACAAGGAAAAAACAAAUAAAUGUGUUGUUAUUCCUUUUAAUUCGUUAAAUCGUUUUGGAUCUUUGGGACAAACAAAUGAAAUUUAUAAAAGUUUUUCAGAUUAUCCUUUUUAUAAACAGAACAUUUUGGAUCACAAUCGGCUCCGUCUUUUGUUAGUAAAAAAAUUGCAAGAUCAGAAAGCAAGUAUUAAACUUAAAGAGCAGGCUUUGCAACAAGAAUGGAAAACACUUUAUUAUACUUGGAAACAAAAAUUUGAAAUGUUGCAAAAGACGAAAGGAAAAAUGAAACAAGAUGAUAAUGAUAACAAUUCUACAUCUGGAUUUGCAGCAAGAUGGCCGGUUCGAACAAAUAGAGGAAGACGUCGUGGUGAUGUUGUCAGAUCUGAAGCUGAAAUGGAAGAAGUUAUGAAAAUACUGCAAGAUGAACAGCGUAAAUGCCAAACGUGGGCAAACAUUCCUCCCAUGAUUUUAGAUCCGAAAGAAAGACAACAAGUAAAAUUCAUUAAUAAUAACCGUAGUAUACCAGAUCCUGAAGGUUUUUAUGAUUACAAUGUCGAUUUGAACGUUGAUUGGACAAUUCAAGAACGAGAAGAUUUUUAUGAACUUUUCAAAUCUUUUCCAAAAAAAUUUGGUAAAGUCGCAGAGCAUCUUAAAGAUAAGUCUGCUAAUGAUUGUGUUAUUUAUUAUUAUCGAAAUAAAAAGGAAUUAAAGUUGAAAGAAUUGAUUCCAAAAAAUGGUCGAGGACAGCGUACAAUUGCUCUAAAUAGAUUUACGUCGAUUAACGAAAUUUCUGAGGAAACUAAUGGUGAAAUUUCUAAUAAACCUAUCGAAGGACCACCAAUAAUUACCACGGAAACUAUAUCUCUUUCGAUAGAACAACCGGAAGUACAUAAAGAUGAUGUUAAUGAGGAAAAUUCAGAGGAUAGAUCAGAUAUAUCGAUGCAACCGCAAAAUCAUAUUGAAAAUGCAUUAUCAAAUGUUCAGGACAAGUCAACAACGCAAGAUAAACCUGUUAAUAAUCCUGAAUCGAAUCAUACUAGUAGUAUACAAGGGGUUGUAGAGGAAAAUACAUUGUCUGUGACUAAGAAGGCUAGAGUUCCAAAGGGUAGAAGAAGGUCAAAAGUAUCAGCGGUAAAAGAUUCUGAUCAGCAAGAAGGUGAGCCGGUAAAGAAAAAACGCAAUAUUUCAUACUGCCCACCUAUUACAGGUCAUGAUAAGAAUAGUAAUAUGUCUGUCGUAAUAUCAGAUGCACAAGAGACUCGAAAAUUAAAUUCUGUCAAUGAUGAUGGUGUUGAAGAAACAGCUCGUAACUUUAACUUGAUGUCACUUGAUGGGAACGAUACACAAUCUUCCACACAAUCGGAAAUAACUUCAGUAACUAAAAGCAAAGGUCGUACAAGACAAACUGAAAAUCUUAUGGAUAAUGAAGUUACAUCACAUAAAAAUUCAACUUUAAAUGAUGAUCGUACACAAAAGAAAAUAUCAUCUUAUUGGAACAAAAGAGAAGUUGGCCAAUUUGAACAAUCAUUAAGCGAAUUCGGCAAACAUUUCAAGAAGAUAGCCGAUGUAAUUAAAUCAAAAACUGAAGUUCAAGUAAAAAAUUAUUAUGAAAAACAUCAUGAAAAACAAAAUAGUGGAAGUAACUUGGAAGAAGUUAGGAAUAAACCUACCACAAGUGAAGAUAUACGGAGUUCACAAGAAAAGCAAACACAAGCGAAGUCUAAUGUUACAGUUAAUCAGAGUGUAUCAUCAAUUGAUAGGAAUAAUGCACAUAAUAUAUCAACCAAUUCUCAGAAUAAUGAAACAACCUUUCCUCGAGCUGAUUUAUACACUUCAUCAUCGGAGAAUACUGUAAAUAUUUCACAAAUAGCUACCGAAAGACAAACACAAAUAUCACAAAUAUUAAGCUUAUCAGAAAAGCCAUCAAAUACUUCCGGUACAAAAAGAUCUAAUCCACAAGGGCCACAAAAAAGUAAUAUUUCAUUAUUGUUGAAUUCUGAAGAUAAUUCUUCGAAUGUAGAUGUUAAUUAUUGGUUUGACGAGCAAAGCAGUAAAGAUAACGAAAGCGAAGUCAGUAACGAUCCGAUGAUUAAUGAUCGCAGACAUAGUAUAACAGGUGAAACGAGCAUACAAAAUGUUGUUCCGCCACAAGUUCCACGUCCUAUUAUGACGCAAAAUUUAGAGUUGCAUCGCUCAGAUAGCAAUUCAACAUCAUCUUUAUCUCAGCAACAGCCGUCGGCGCAAUACGCUCGAACUUAUCAAAUGCAUCAUCAAAUGAUUCAGAAACAACAAGAGUUGGCAGCGACGAACUUGCAGAAACAACAAAUCGAACAACAGCGACAGUUUUAUAUAAUGCCGAAUACUCACCAACAGCAUGCACAGCCUUUUCCACUUUAUGUAUACAUGCCUCAGCAGCAACAAACUGGUCAACAGGUACAUCAACCAUUACAUCAAGCACAUCAACAAUCGCAUCAUCAUCAACAACCUCGGCAAUCGCAACAAAUUCAACAGCAGAGGAUAGCGAACUCGGUUAUUCCUAUUCAUAACAUCACAUCCAACAACUCUACACCAAAAUUCGUACCUAUGAAUAUGCAGCAAAAUUAUGUACCUCAUGUAUAUAACAGGCCUCCAACGUUUGGGGUUUUAUCCAAUCCGGCCAACAUAACGGGUUCAUCAACAACAUCACCAAUAACACAUAAUACCAACGUUUCGCAGCAAAGUUCUUUCACGACGUUGCAACCUCAUCAAUCUCCUAAUUAUAAUACAAAUGAAAUGAUAGUAACGCAAAUUCACAGAGUGGGUUCUCCUUUUAACGGAACUAGUCACUCUAAUCAUAUAUUUACUCAACCACCGGCUAGGCACCAACAUUAUGUUAUGCAAAGAAAUUUAGUUGGACGUCCGACGUCAUCAAUAAGCAGUACACCUGUCAUGAGUGAAUUAAAUUAUAAUGCCCAACAUCAGCAUCUUUUACAUCCCAGACCUUCUAUAGUAGUGUCAAGUAGUUCGCCUGGUAUAGUACAAGGAAUACAGGGGAGCUUGGUUGGUCAUGGUCAUACACGUAACUUUACUUCUUCUUCAAUACCUUUGUCUGGGGAACUACCACCACAACAAUCAUCAACAGAGCGGAGUAAAAGUCGCCGUUCAUCGCCAUUAUUAAAUCCUAAAAUAGAACCUCCGUCUUAG